UUAUCAGGCAACAUGAAGAGGACGGAAAGAGGACGGAAACCCUUUAGUUCUGCGAAAGUGGCACCAAAUUUUGCUAAAGUUGUCAAAACUAGAUAACAUUAUUCGACAUCUAUCAUUUCCCUCUUAACGUCUGAACCGUAGACAACUUUGGUGAAAUAUGGCUGCAAAAGUCAUUAUACUGCUAACAGUUUUUGGUAUUUUGGCUGUUCUUGAAACAGGGGUAAAGGCACUGGAAUGUUACAGAUGCAACAAUUGCGGUGACCCUUUCAAGUCGUCUGACGCUAUAGUACUCCACUGUGAUAAUUAUUGUGUAAAGGGAAAGAGGGAAUCAGAUGGAAAGGUUGCGAGGACAUGCGACUUCUACGCCGAGUAUGGCAAGAUGAAUGACUGUAAAAUGGCAGAUACUCCACUUGGUCAUUCAGAAGUAUGCUUGUGUACUACCGACAGGUGUAAUGGUGUUGGCAACAUGAGGAUGCACUUCCUUCCAUUACUCACUUUUGCAGCGAUUCUAGUAGUGGCGAGGAAAAUGUUGUUUUAAAACUUGGUAUAUAAUGCUUUAAAGGAUCAUUUCAUAAACAUUGCAUACAUGUAUAUUGUUUCUAAAGUAUUUAUCAAUGCUUUAUUUAGUUUUAUUCAUAUAAUUAUAUAAACAUUCUAUCACUGAAAAGAAAUCAUGGUCGAAUAUCCACACAGAAGUCUUGACAUUGUUAAAUGAUAAACAAAUUGACCAGGAUUUAAAAUUAUAAAAAAAGUUGUGUAACAGAAUGUUUACAUAGGUUCGAUUAUCAUAACUAUUUUAAACUUUAAACAGUUCAUUGUUGCUAUUUCUUUCUCUCUGUAAGUCAUUUGAGCCGCGCCAUGAG